UCCGAUUCUUUCGAGACCCGGAAAACGAAGCCGCGUUCCUCUUGCGUUCCGUUCCGUUCCGGGACGAUGUGAUGUUGUUGGUGUGUUGCCGCACGUUCAAUCGGUGUUACACGGUGGUGGUGGUGGUGCCUCUCGGAGGGUGGUAGGAUGCUGAGAGAUGGUGGCGCGGCUCCUGCUUGCGGUCGUGGUUCUUGUUCUUAACCUGCUCGGAUCAUGCAGCGCGUUGGCCAAACUUGCGACGCAGAAGAAGCAGUACGCGAUCCAAUCGACGAUCUACUCCCAAGACCUGGACACGAAAGUCUGUAGGACUGUGCCGGGAUUGACCAAAGCGCAGAUGGGGUUGUGUUACCAGCAGCCGGACACGUUCGUCGUCGCCCUCGAGGGCCUCAACGAGGCGGUCAAGGAGUGCCAGCAUCAGUUCCACGGUCACAGAUGGAACUGCUCCAGUUUGAGCACUAAAAGUCAGAAUCCCUAUAUCAGUGCCAUCUUCCAAAGAGGUUACAAGGAGAGCGCGUUCGCGUCGGCGAUAGCUUCGGCGGGUGUGGCGAUAGCGGUGGCGCGAAGCUGCAGCUCCGGCCUCCUGUCGAACUGCGGCUGCGACCCGCGCCCCUACAAAAUGAGACGGCCGCGCCAAGCGGCGAACGGACGCACGGCCUGGAAAUGGGGAGGGUGCUCGCACAACCUGCGCUACGGCAUCAAAUAUUCCAAGCAGUUUCUGGACGCGAGGGAGCGGGCCGAGGACAUCCACUCGAGGAUCACCUUGCACAACAAUCAAGUCGGCAGAUUGGCAGUAUCGAACAACAUGCAGGUCAAAUGUAAAUGUCACGGUAUGUCCGGCAGUUGCGAGCUGAAAACUUGUUGGAGAGCGGCUCCUGAUUUCAGAUUCGUCGGUAAGACGCUAAAAGAGCGAUUCAGAAGUGCUAUUUUAGUCGAUCAAAACAAUUUAGGGGAUAAAAGUCUCAGAAGUCUUAAUGUUAUCAAUCAAAAGAAACGCAGAAAGAAUAAACAAAAACAGUGGACGUUUCGCCGGAACAAAAACAAGAGGGAUCUCUCCUAUGACCUACUGUACUAUCAAAAGUCGCCGACGUAUUGUGACAGAGACCAGAGUCUGGACGUCUCGGGAACGACGGGCAGGCACUGCAACCGUACAGGAGUCGGUUCUGACAGCUGUUCAAACUUGUGCUGCGGCAGAGGGUACAACACCAUCAUGGAUCGGAGAGAUGAAAUGUGUAAUUGCAAGUUUCGAUGGUGUUGCGAGGUCAAAUGUGACACCUGCAAUGUUGAGGAAUGGAUCAGCGUUUGUAAAUGAUGAGGAAUGAUUGAGAAAACUGACCGAAUAAAGUAUUAUUAAUUUAUUUAUUUAAUGUGAAUAAGUACCACUGUAUAAAAUUAGUUGGAUUGUAAUUGUGUACAGUAUUAUUUAUUAUAUUUAGUCGUAUUUAUUAAUAAACUAUUUGAAUUU